CUCAGACACAGACACAGGAUCAGCUCUGAGCUCCCAGCAGCCACGCUUUCCCUGGCCGGUGGACGCCCCUCACCGUCCCGCCCUGAGUGACUCACUGCUCCCCUGGACCCCGGCCAUUGCUGUCUCCUGGCAGGAGGCAGGCGCAAGGUUGUGCAGAAGCCAUAGGGCUGGUGUGCGAGGACCUAGAGGGUCUGGAGAGCCGGACGUGUGGGGCCAACAAGGCCGGGGGCUGAGCCCUGCAGGGCCUGUGAGAUCCGGCUCCCCCACCUUCCCUGGCAUUUGGACCUUUUCUUUCUUCUUCCAACCAUGAAGAAGGAAGUGACCUGAGAGCUAUCAAGAGAGCCAGCCCCUGGCCAGGAGUCCUGAAGCCCAGACGACCCUCAUCCCCACCCAAGUCAGGCAUGAAGGGGGAUGGCCGUGCCAUGUGGAGCCUUAUGUGGAAGUACUGCAUCUCUGUGAGGACCCUCAGCGUUGAGGGUGAGGCGCCUAGCAGUGAGACCGGCACAUCGCUGGACAGCCCCUCAGCCUACCACCAGGGCCCCUUGGUGCCCGGCACCAGCCUGAGCCCAGACCACUACGAGCACACGUCGCUGGGGGCCUAUGGGCUGUACUCGGGGCCACCGGGGCAGCAGCAGCGCACGCGGAGGCCCAAGCUGCAGCACUCAACCUCCAUCCUGCGCAAGCAGGCCGAGGAAGAGGCCAUCAAGCGUUCGCGGUCACUCUCUGAGAGCUAUGAGCUCUCCUCAGACCUGCAGGACAAGCAGGUGGAGAUGCUAGAACGAAAGUAUGGGGGGCGCCUCGUGACCCGCCAUGCGGCCCGCACCAUCCAGACGGCAUUCCGCCAGUACCAGAUGAACAAGAACUUCGAGCGCCUCCGCAGCUCCAUGUCCGAGAACCGCAUGUCGCGCCGCAUCGUGCUGUCCAACAUGAGGAUGCAGUUCUCCUUUGAGGGGCCUGAAAAAGUGCACAGCUCCUACUUCGAGGGAAAGCAGGUCUCGGUGACCAAUGAUGGCUCCCAGUUGGGUGUCCUGGUUCCACCUGAGUGUAGUGACAUUGGCAAGCCAGCCGCCAUCAAGUCCCCAGCCUCCUCCAGUGACUUUGCGGAUGCCAUCACAGAGCUGGAGGACGCCUUCUCCCGGCAGGUGAAGUCUCUGGCAGAGUCCAUUGAUGACGCCCUCAACUGCCGUAGCCUACAUGCCGAGGAGGCACCGGCCCCCGAGGCAGCCCGGGCCAGGGACACUGAGCCAAAGCCCACCCUGCAUGGCCUGGACCACCACAAGCUGGACGAGAUGACUGCCUCAUACAGCGACGUCACCCUGUACAUUGACGAGGAGGAGCUCUCGCCACCUCUGCCCCUUUCACAGGUGGGAGACCGGCCAUCCAGCACUGAGUCGGACCUCAGGCUUCGGGCCGGAGGCUCGUCCCAGGACUACUGGGCCCUGGGUCACAAGGAGGACAAGGGGGACACAGACACAAGCUGCCGGAGCACACCUUCACUAGAGCGGCCGGAGCAGCGGCUGCGGGGGGAGCACCUGCCACUGCUGACUAUCGAGCCGCCUAGCGAUAGCUCUGUGGACCUCAGUGACCGCUCGGACCGCGGCUCACUCAAGAGGCAGAGUGCCUACGAGCGCAGCCUCGGCGGGCAGGAGGGCAGCCCCAAGCAAGGUGCUCACAGCGGCCCUCCCAAGGGCCUCCCCCGGGAGGAGCCUGAGCUGCGACCCCGGCCCCCCAGACCCCUUGACAGCCAUCUGGCCAUCAAUGGUUCAGCCAACAGGCAGAGCAAGUCUGAGUCAGACUACUCGGAUGGGGACAAUGACAGCAUCAACAGCACAUCCAAUUCCAACGACACCAUCAACUGCAGCUCUGAGUCGUCGUCCCGCGAUAGCCUGCGGGAGCAGACACUCAGCAAGCAGACCUACCACAAAGAGACCCGCAACAGCUGGGACUCACCUGCCUUCAGCAACGAUGUCAUCCGCAAGAGGCACUACCGCAUUGGCCUGAACCUUUUCAACAAGAAGCCUGAGAAAGGAGUCCAGUACCUCAUCGAACGUGGCUUUGUGCCAGACACGCCAGUGGGAGUGGCCCACUUCCUGCUGCAGCGCAAGGGCCUCAGUCGGCAGAUGAUUGGCGAGUUCCUGGGCAACCGGCAGAAGCAGUUCAACCGCGACGUGCUUGACUGCGUGGUGGACGAGAUGGACUUCUCAGCCAUGGAGCUGGAUGAAGCCCUCAGGAAAUUCCAGGCUCACAUCCGCGUCCAGGGGGAGGCACAGAAAGUAGAGCGGCUCAUCGAAGCCUUCAGCCAGCGAUACUGCAUCUGCAACCCCGGAGUAGUACGGCAAUUCCGGAACCCAGACACCAUAUUCAUCCUGGCCUUCGCCAUCAUCCUGCUCAACACAGACAUGUACAGCCCCAACGUCAAGCCGGAGCGUAAGAUGAAGCUGGAGGACUUCGUCAAGAACCUCCGAGGUGUGGAUGACGGUGAGGACAUCCCUCGGGAGAUGCUUGUCGGGAUCUAUGAGCGGAUCCGCAAGCGGGAGCUGAAGACCAACGAGGACCACGUGUCUCAGGUGCAGAAGGUGGAGAAGCUCAUUGUGGGGAAGAAGCCGAUUGGAUCCUUGCACCAUGGGCUUGGCUGUGUGCUGUCUCUGCCCCAUCGUAGGCUGGUCUGCUACUGCCGGCUCUUCGAGGUUCCAGACCCAAAUAAACCCCAAAAACUCGGACUGCAUCAGCGAGAAAUCUUCCUAUUUAAUGAUCUCCUGGUGGUCACCAAGAUCUUCCAGAAGAAGAAGAACUCGGUGACGUACAGCUUCCGGCAGUCCUUUUCUCUGUACGGCAUGCAGGUCCUGCUUUUCGAGAACCAGUACUACCCCAAUGGCAUCCGGCUCACGUCUGCCGUCCCCGGCGCAGACAUCAAAGUGUUAAUAAACUUCAAUGCGCCCAAUCCUCAAGACCGGAAGAAAUUCACUGAUGACCUGCGGGAAUCCAUUGCAGAAGUACAGGAGAUGGAGAAGCACAGAAUAGAGACGGAGCUCGAGAAGCAGAAGGGUGUCGUGCGGCCCAGCAUAUCCCAGUGCUCCAGCCUCAAAAAGGAGUCAGGCAAUGGGACUCUGAGCCGGGCCUGCCUGGAUGACAGCUAUGCCAGCAGUGAAGGCCUCAAGCGCAGCGCCCUCAGCAGCUCCCUAAGGGACCUCUCAGAAGCCGGGAAGCGAGGGCGUCGCAGCAGUGCGGGAUCGCUAGAGAGCAAUGUGGAAGGGUCCAUCAUUAGCAGUCCUCACAUGCGCCGGAGAGCUACAUCAACACGAGAGUGUCCAUCUCGCCCACACCAGACUAUGCCUAAUUCAUCCUCCCUCCUGGGCUCUUUAUUUGGUAGCAAGAGAGGGAAGGCCCCUCCCCAGGCCCACCCAUCCUCAGCCCCUCCCCAGCCACCCCCCCACCCACCAAUCCUGCCCCACCCACAGCACUCUUCGGCCAGCCAUCACCAGGGGCCCGCAGAUGGCCAAACGCAGGCCCAGGUGCAUGGGCACCACUCCCAGUACUGCCACAUGCAGCAGAACCCACCCCCCUACCACCACCACCACCACUACCACCCCCCUCAACAUAUCCAGCAUGCACACCAGUACCACCAUGGCCCCCACGGGGGGCACCCACCCUAUGUGGCCCAUGCUCAUGGCCACCCACCGCUGUCCUCGGCCCAGAUGGGACAUGCAGCACAUCACCACGGGCAGCCACCCGCCCCGCCACCCCCCACCAGCAGCAAGGCCAAACCCAGCGGUAUCAGCACAAUUGUGUAGACAGCCUGGGCAGGGGGGUCCCAGACUCCCUGGAACAACUGCACACCACAUAGAGGCACACCCAGGAGGCAGCUAGCCUCAGACCAAACCCAGGGCACUUCUGUUUCCAGCUCUCCCCUCUGCUCCCCACAGCCUAGAUGGAGCCCCAUAAGCCUCAGGGCUAGUGUUUUAGGGAACAAAGCUCCUGACUUGAUUUAGUGUUGGCGCCCUGGGCUCCAUUCACCUCAGCCCGGGGGAUGGGCCUCAGCCACCAUCAGCCUUGAAACGGUGCCACCUGCCAAGUAGAUGUUGAACUGCCUUCCACCCCCCACUUCAGCCCUCAGCUCUCUGCUCCCUAAUUUUACAGGCAUAUGAAAACCCAACCUAGAAAAAGAAGAAGUGAGAUACAAAAAAAAAAAAAGACAAAACAAAACAAACACCCAAAACUUGCUG